CUUCACUAAAACUGAGGUAAUAAUACGCCGGGACGCAUGAGUUUAAGAGUUUUCUGAUUUUCCAAACACACACUUUGUAUUACUGUGAAAAGAAAAUGGGGAAUAUUGUGUGUUGCGUGCAAGUUGAUCAAUCUCAAGUGGCUAUGAAAGAAGGUUUUGGGAAAUUUGAAAAGGUGCUUCAUCCGGGAUGCCAUUGCAUGCCAUGGUUCCUUGGAAAACGAAUUGCCGGUCAUCUCUCUCUUCGGGUUCAACAAUUGGAUAUCAAAUGUGAGACCAAGACAAAGGAUAAUGUCUUUGUCAAUGUUGUUGCUUCUAUUCAAUACCGUGCCUUGGCAAACAAGGCAAACGAUGCAUUUUACAAACUUAGCAACACAAGGGGCCAGAUUCAAGCUUAUGUUUUUGAUGUAAUUAGGGCCAGUGUUCCAAAACUCAACUUGGAUGAUACUUUUGAGCAGAAAAAUGAAAUCGCAAAAGCUGUGGAAGAAGAACGUGAGAAGGCUAUGUCCGCUUAUGGAUAUGAAAUUGUUCAAACACUGAUUACUGAUAUAGAGCCAGAUCAGCAUGUGAAGACGGCCAUGAAUGAAAUCAAUGCUGCUGCAAGAAUGAGGAUCGCAGCUAAUGAGAAGGCUGAAGCAGAGAAAAUCUUGCAAAUAAAGCGAGCCGAGGGUGAGGCUGAGUCUAAAUAUCUCUCUGGGAUGGGUAUUGCUCGUCAACGUCAAGCCAUUGUAGAUGGUUUGAGAGACAGUGUGAUUGGAUUUUCAGAGAAUGUACCAGGGCCAAGUGCAAAAGAUGUCAUGGAUAUGGUCCUUGUCACUCAAUACUUUGACACUAUGAAAGAAAUUGGUGCUGCCUCCAAGUCUUCUGCUGUGUUCAUUCCACAUGGACCUGGUGCUGUUCGUGAUGUAGCUAGCCAAAUUUGUGAUGGACUUCUCCAGGGUUCUCAUCAGUAGCUUCUACUCCUCCAGCGUCGUAUCCGAU